AUGACUGAAGAUAUCGAAUCUAUUUGCAUUCAUAAUGACUCAGUUAAAAGUGGUAGCGAAGAAUAUUACGAAAUAAGUCAGGAGUUAAUGGAAGAAACUAUAUUGUCAUCUAAAUCGUUGGUUCCACCUAUUAAAGAAUAUGAUUUCUUCGUACAGUAUGAUACAGGAAAGAAAAAAAAAGUGGCAAAAAAGAAAAAAAGAAAAAAGCAAGAAAAGUCAAGGAAACUAAUGGAUAUUUUAAAUACUGAAUUAUCAGCAAAACCACUAGUUAUUAAGAGUAAUAUUAUAAAAUUGGAUUAUAAAAGAAAACAGAAAAUUUAUUUAGCUAAGGAUUUGUAUUUGAGUAAAACAUCAGAGCUUAAAGAAUCUAGAAACAUCGCUAUUGAAAACGGAUUAAUAAGACGUAAAUCUAUUAGCAUCAGUCCAAUAUUUCCUCGUGUCCUUGAAGCAACUAUAAGGAAUAACAAAACUAUUCAUGCCCAAUAUAUGGAACCUUCACUUUUUAGUGAUGUUUUAACUGAAUAUUUAGAAACUGAGACUAAGCAAAACCCUAAAUUCUUAGAUGUUAUAUUAAGAAAUAUCAAAUUUAAACAUCAUCACCAAUUUUCAUUGGAGUCUUUUCUCUGUACACAACUAUUAGGCUUGUAUAAUGAGUAUGGAUUAAUUAAAAAGUCCUUAAAGGAGUUAGAAAAAAACAUCGAAGUUAAUAGAAGAACGAGAAAUAGUUUAAAAGAACGAUUGAUUGAAAUAAGUCCAAAUGGUAAAGAUGACAUCAGGUUUGAUAAAAGUUUAUUAAAAUAUACAAAACUUAUGUUAGAAUUUAAAGAAAAAUAUAACAAUGCCUUAAAAAAACAAAAGGAAAUUACACACAUGUUAUUGUCGUUGUGGUCUGAUAUUGAAACGAUAAGAGAUAAAUCGAAAUGUGUGAACACUGAUUGUAAAUUAGAAGUAUUACGUAUUGAAAUGGAUGACAGCGAAUUUCAAAAUAAGUGGUCCAAAGCUUUUGAAAUUGAAUACUCUGAUUUAAUUAUACAGAUUGAAUACGAUUUUGUUAUAAAAUAUCUUAAGUACAGAGAAUUUAAGCAAGACAUUUCUUCUGAGAACACUAAGGUUAGAAGUAAAGCACUCAAACCUAAACUGAGCAUUGACUAUGACGAGUUGAAAGUCCAAGUAGAAGAGAUUGUUAAUAACAUCAUGCCGAGAAACAAGAUUGAAAUACUCUUGAAGAAGGAUAAAACUAUUUUGACUCAACCAGAUGUUAAAGGAAAAAGUGCGCUUUUAGAUAACACGUACUAUUUUAAAGUUUAUGUUGAUGAUGUUUUCGUAUGUGAAUCUGACCAAUACGUAAAUGAAAACAGCCAAUUUGAUAUAGAUUUUAUAGAGUCUUUAUCUAUUGAGAUUUUGCCACACAAUUCGUAUUUAAAAAUAAUUCUAUUCGAAAAUGAUGAAGAUGUCUCUUUUUUUAAGAUAAAACUAUUUGAUUGUGAAGUGAAUAUUAAAUUAGGCUGGAAUGAAAAACUCAAUGAUAAUCAACGCGAAUCUAUUAAAUCUUUGAUGAGAAUCGGAAGUCAACUUAAACGAUUUAUGCACAACAUAAACAAACCUAAUAUGCGUGAGUUAACAGAAAUAAUAAAUUAUUUGUACGAAAACAAUGUCGAGAAAGACGAAAAUAUAAUGAAUGCAUUAACAGACAUUUGUAAAGCAACCGUUAAGAAACACGAAAAAUUUAUUAUCAAUGAGAACAGUCCAGAAUUUAGCAGAUUUAAAUUAUUACUCUUAAGAAGUAAUGGUGGAUUUGUUAAUAUAGAAGAUAAAACUAUUCCUUUAUUCACGAGUCAGAUUUCUACCGAACAAUUGGCCCGUUUAGAAAAUAACGAAGAGAAAGAUUAUCGUCAUUUUAAAAGGGACACUGAAAUGGAUGCAAUUGAUUUGCAAAGGUAUAUAGGAAUGAAAUUUGUGGAAAAGUUAAAUAAAAACCUCACGGAUAACUUAAGCCAGUUUUUAAUGAAGAAAACAUUUAAGGAUGUAGUAAGAGAUUUUGGAGAUCUCAGCAUUAGAAGCAUUUUUUUUAAUCAAGCGGAUUUGUCAUUGGUUGCAACUUCGAACAUCACAAAACAGAAACUUUUAAGGGAAUGUUUAGUCCAAGAACAAGAAAUACGAAUCCACGUUCUGAGAGCGUUCAAUUUAACAGAUCGAAGCCCAACUUUAUUGUCAGAAGAACUAAACGAUAAUGAUGAUAUAGCCGGAUUUAAGGUACGGGCUCUGAGGCCGUUUGUAAGAAUAAGUUAUCGUGGCAUGUCUGCUCAAACGUCGACGGCAAUUGGUUGUCACCCAACCUGGAACUACACUGUUAAACUUAAGGCUAAAUUUGAACCACUAUCGUGUAUCAAUAUAAAUAUAUACGACGAAUGCAAAGACAAUGUAACUGAAAUGUAUUCCGAUGAUCAAUCCACACAAAGUACAGUACAUUAUAGAAAAACUAACAAAUGGCUCGGAGCGAUAAGCGUUCCUCUGCAUGCUGUCCUAAAUUUAGGCACUAUAUGUGGAACGUUCAAAAUAAACACUCCUCCUUUGGCAUUUGGUUACGAUAGUACGUCGUCAAAGGAAGAACAACCUUUCGUCCCAGAAGUAAUGCAGCUUAUGAAACAAGACACGUCGCUUUUGGCUAUUCAAAUUACGACCACUCUUUCUCAUUUGGGAGGAUGUCAAACGUAUUGCCAGCCAGUACCAACUCAUCCUCAAGAUGACUUUAUUAUAAAACAAGUAAAUAGAUUCGUGACCGAUUAUGUUAAUGAGUAUCCAACAAGAAAUAUUUCUUUAACAUUCAUAGACAGUGGUGGUAGGAAUAAAUGUGUUGCUCAGUUCCUCCAAUCUGUACCCAUACCUGAGUACGAACCACCGUUAGACCCCAAAAAGUCUGAAUCUGCACUAUCAAAAAGUUCUGGUCAUUCGAAGAGUUCUUCUUCAAAAAGCAGCGGUUUCGAGGCUUCGAAGAGUGAAGGAAACGAUCUAGUAAAGAGUAUAGAUGCAGUUGUAAGAUAUGUCUCGCUGAUACCAACGUAUGAUGUUAAUGAGACGGAAUCUCAUGUCGUGACGUUAAUGGGAGUGGAAUUGCUAAAAGUUCUAUAUGGUUCUCCAUUAGACCACACAAUUCUAUUGGCAAGCUAUUUUAUUAAUUUGGGAAUAAAAUGUUGGGUCAUCAUUGGUGUUGGUUUACCUCGCGGUCAAAGCAGUUACGUUUUGAUCAAAUACUUCAAGAAUAAAGUGCUCACCGUUAACGAUCAGAUAAAAACCGAUGGAAUAUUUAAAAAAACUGACGGUUAUAUUUGGUACAUUUAUGAUGCAGUAUCAGGUGAAAGAUUUGAAUUGAGAGAAAUCGGAUGUCCCCUCAAAACAGUCAGUUAUGUUUUCGAUAGUGAGAAUAUUUGGGUUAAUACGCAAGCAUCUCAAGAUUGUGAGAGCAUGUCGUUUGAUUUUUCCAUUUCAUCGGACUGGCAAACUGUAUUUAACACCCCUCUUUUUAUAACAAGACCAAUAACUGAUAGUUUGUACACUAAACCGGGGGAUGUGGAAAAUCUACGAUUAAAUUUAGAAUCAAAGAUUAAGCGUAAAGUACAAAAAUGGCGAUCACACAUUAAAACUAUUUGGAACAGAUAUUGCAGUAGUUUGUUAAAAGAAAUGCUCCCUUAUUACGAGUAUUGGGCUUUUAAUCCAUUGGAAUCUCGACCUACUCUUGGAAACAGACUGAAACAACUAACGGCUACUUACAAGAUAUUCGGCUUCCCACUAAACAUGCCGUAUAUAAACACGAAGCUUAUUAUAUCUAGCAUAAAAUCUACAUCAAUACACGUAAAUGAUGACCCUAAUGUGGAGUUUGGUCUCGGUGUCGAAGUAUAUGCCUACCCUAAUAAUGUUUUAAGUGCAUGGGUAUUUUUAGCUUGUAUCUCAAGAAUAUAA